AUGAGCGUCUUACUACCCAACAUGGCGGACUUUGAUACCAUUUAUGAGUUGGAAGACGAAGAGGAUGAGCACGUAGUGAGUGAGGAACACUUGCCCAGAUACUGUCCGGAGCCCGUGGUGAUGCGAGGGGCCGGACACAUCACAGUGUUUGGACUGAGCAACAGAUUUGACACAGAGUUUCCCUCUAUUCUCACGGGAAAGGUAGCACCAGAGGAAUUCAAAACCAGCAUCAGCAGGGUGAACGCCUGCUUGAAGAAGAACUUGCCUGUGAAUGUGAAGUGGCUUCUCUGCGGCUGCCUGUGCUGCUGCUGUACAGUAGGCUGCAGUCUGUGGCCUGUUAUCUGCCUCAACAAGAGAACAAGACGGUCUAUUCAUAAGUUGUUAGAGUGGGAAAAUAACCGAUUAUACCACAAGCUGGGGCUGCACUGGAAACUCAGUAAAAGAAAAUGUGAAAGCAGUAAUAUGAUGGAAUAUGUGAUUCUUAUAGAAUUCUUACCCAAAUAUCCUAUAUUCCGACCGGACUGAGGAAGCUGUUAACUGACUGGACGUGUGGCCCUUGAAUCUUAUCCUUAGUGCCUUGUAUAUACAGUAUGUUGGAAUAAGGGUCUGCGCCGUUGUCUUUCGUGACGACCCUGUACAUCUCCCAGUACCUUGUACAUUAGAAUUUGCAACACUGUCACUUUGCUUUAGAGCAGAUUUUGCACAUUUUCCCCGACAGAACUAGACAUGUCCCCUCUGUUGCACUCGGAUGUGUUUUUUUGUUAUAUGUGACAAACUCUCGAAAAGUGCAUUUACCCCAAAGAACGGUCAACUUAUCCCAUCUAUUAUAUCAGUAAUCCCUUGCAAAGAAUGUGAUGCCUCCACCUUCCUUAACUAUCCUUGCCUUAUGUAUUAUUAAAAAAAAAAAAAAACUACAUGUGAGAGGAGGAGGACGGCACCGGGUAAUUCAACAAGUCUGUCGAUUUAAAUGCUGUUUGUUGGGUUUCCUCUCCUCUAAUCCAGUUCUUUGCAAGUAGAUGGGAUGGUUGAAAUUGCCUAACGUACAGUGUACGUCACCACCCUGUGUUAUUUCUUUACAUUUGACCCUCUGUACUUGGGAACUAGCUAGUAAAAGAACUUGACCUGUAAAUACCAUGUUAGGAUAAGCUGUACAGUGGUAUACCAUUGUUUACAUACUUAGCUCUUUAGUUUUUUUGCCAAUAUAUUGCUGUACCAUAGUUUUGAUUAAUGAAAGAUGUCUAUGUACCUUUCUAGUUUGUAUGGACCUGUUUACCUUGUAAGCCAUAUAGUUACAUGAUGCCAGAGUUAGGACUGAUUAUUGCACUUGAGCCCAGUAGGAAGUCAGGAUUUUAAUCGAUCCUGAAGAUUCAUCCGCAGACAACAGUGCACGUUGUGGUUUUUGCCAAUAAAGAUGACAUUCAACGAGUCAUCAUCCAUUAAAACUGGAGAUGGUUGCAUCGCUGAUGUGCAGUCGGAAGUUAACGAUUCGAACUCUGCUCUUCCACUCAUCUAUUUUUUAUCAUUUGAUCCCAACUUUGCAUUAAUUUUUAUAGUUUUGUACUUUCCCCUGUGCAGUGUUUGCUCCUCCACACACACGUCUAUAUCGAGCAGAUGGUUCCUUUGUUUCAGUCGUUCUGUCCAGUGUUAUUUUCCUGAAUCUUAGUCAAGAGAUUGCUGCGUUGCGUCGUAUUAGAGUGCCUCUGGAGUAGUCGGUGAACCACAGAGAAGUACAGAUUGAAAUCUGUUCUCUUAUUCAAAGGAGAUUUAAAAUCCUCCUCCCAGUAUUGUCCCUGUUACAAUUCUUGUAAAUGUUCGUCAUGGUGACCUAAUCCCUACGGAGAGAGAAAAUAAAUGGGUGAUUUUGAAUUUUC